AUGCCUGUAACGACGAUUAAAGUUGAUCGCAGAUUUACUCCAGACAAGUUUACGGAAGUUUGGGAACAAUUCACGUCCAAGCAAUGGCAGUUCUGCCCGCUCAUCAUCCGCUCUGGCCAGGGAAAUGAGGGACAUAGACGACCUCUCAGUCGAUCCAUAGGUGGUUCCAUAGACCCCAGGCAGAUUUUGCCAAUCCGCCAACGGCAGACGAUACCGGGAGAGAAUGAUAACAAGUGGGUGGAAAUUGUGGAAUUGGAUGAGGGCUGUUCUGAUGUCAAGCAUGCCGUUUUCAAAGUCUACUCUGGAAGUGACAACCCUCGGGGCUGGCAAAAAGAGGUCGAAAUGUACAAUGAGCUCCAAAGGAAUCGCAAGAUUCACGACAAUAUUGUCAGAAUGCUCGGGUCAUUUCAGCAACACAACCUCAGCUAUAUCGUUCUGGAAUAUGCUAAUGGACUGACCUUGGAGGAUCAUUUUAAGGGUCGCCCCGAGAUUCAUUCCGCUCAGGAUAUCGAAGAAUUCUUCAAGCAGCUCGUCCUUGGCUUGUAUUCAGCCCUUAACAGUGUCCAUCGCGAUAUAAAGCCGUCAAACAUACUAUUGUUCCGUAAUCCAGGUGGUGGCGUCACUCUCAAGUUGUCAGACUUUGAGUGCGCAUCGACAUCCCACCCUCGGGACAGACUCAGUAGCGAGUAUCAGUAUGACGAUGGAAGCAAGACCUAUAGUGCACCUGAACGUCUAACAUGCGUUCCAUUGGACGAGGAGGCGCCGCAGAAACAAUCGACGAAGUUUAAUGUGUUUGAACUCGGCACCGUCAAUAGCGAAGCCCUUGUGUGGAUAAAUCUUCAAGAAGGGGGCAGGAAGGGAUACGAAAAUGAUCGCAAGGAAUAUAUUCGGCGUCAUAAUCGACCUCAUGCAGCGGCUGGGUACGGAAACGCCUUCCACAAUGGCCGGGUCGUCUUGCCCUGCGUGAAAGAGUGGCAUUCCAAGGCCGUCGCUUGCUCCCAGUCAUUCGACUAUAUAUCCGGCGUUGUGAAGGAAAUACUGGAACGAGACAUUUUAGUGCCGGAAUCGGAGCGCCAAAGCCCCAAACAAAUCGGAAAUAUUUACCUGUCCUGCACGGAUCUAGCCAAGACACACCCAGGUGAGAGUCCACGCGCCAUCUAUGAAAUGGCCACUUCGGCGAAGUCUAACUCGCGGCCCACCCGCUGUCAUCAACCGGGAGAGGUACCUAUGUGUAUAAUUGAUGAACGACUAGCAGCUCGGGGUCCCCUCAGAAUACCGCCGCAGGUCGGCCGCGAUCGUCGAAGUAUUAAUACUAGUGGCUCCAUGAGACUCAACUUUGACCACAAGGAAAGGAACGUGGCCACUACGGGCUUUGGGAAUCACGAGCCUGGACUCUGCAAUGAGGUGAAGGCUCCUCAGCAGCCCCUCAACUUAGCCAAUUCUUCUAAUUUGAAAAGGCGACAACAAAGUCAUGGUGGACCAUCCUCCCAUCAUGCUUCUACUCGUAGUUGGUGUGGUCUCCAAUCACUCCAUCUCUCGCAAUACACCGACAGAGAGAACGACGGCGAAAGUCAGGUCGCGGGCACUCUCCCAGACACAAAUUCGCGAGAUGAGUAUUACCCAUCCGCUAGGGAGUGGUCUCGACCUAAACAGGAUUCACACCCCGGUCCAGUAGUCCACAAUGAUACGGCAUACGCACAGAAUGGAUACCAGGGCGGCAUCGGAUACGAUAGGAACCGCGGAAGCCCGAAGGCGCAUCGUAACUCAAGGAAGUCCACGACACAGGGAACUUUCCAGUUACGAGUACCAAGCGAGAUGCGAGCCCAGUCUCUCAUCGCAUCAAAGUCGAGCUUGGAACAUAACACCACGACGAAUGUCUUCGUCCAAGAUAUUUUAAAACACAAGAACGGCGGUAUCAAGGCGCUAGAUACGCUUGUCGGCAAGUGCGUCCAUCGAGAGCUAGGAAGGCGCAAAAUAGUCAUCCUUAUCGACGAUUCGGCCAGUAUGAGAGCAUCACAUGGCCGCGACGUUCUGGACACAGCGGAAGCGAUGCUGUGGCUAUGCAAACCCAUAGAUCCAAGUGGAUGCGAGAUUGUUUUCGCCUCUCGACCCAAAAGCCCUGUCAGACCUACGCUUUCAAGAUGGAUCGGUAGGACCCCAUUGGGAAAGAUACGCCGUCAACUUGAGACCUCUGACGCUCCCGAACUGUGCAAUAUGGAGAAAGCAGUCGCUGCCGUGCUUCAAAGAAUCAUGGGACCAACGAAGAAACACUUCCGCGAAACAACACUGUUGAUAUUUAGCAAUGGAGUGUGGGAUGAGGACUUUCCAGCAAACGGCCGUGGAGUAGAGAAUCCAAUCGUGAAAACUGUUAAUGAAAUGCUCUGCCGGGGAAUUGAUCGCGUUGAUUUAGCCAUCCAAUUUGUUAGGUUUGGAAAUGAUCCCUACGGAAUCUCACGGUUGGAACAUCUGGACAACUUUCUGCGGACCCACCGUGACCCCAAUCUCCAUGGCAUGGACAUCGUCGACCACAAGGCGCACAUCAGUCCGGUCCAUCUCAUCCUCAUUGGUCCACUACGUGCCAGCGUUGACCGCCAGCCACACACCUCCCACCCGAAUGACGCUUCCCGCUCAGGACCUUCGACACCAUGCCUGCCGGGAUAUGAGCCGGAAGCAGUAGGCAUCGACCAAGUCCCCGGGUCCGAUAGAGUACGGUCUCAUCCUUCAUUACCUACAGCCUAG